GGCCGUUGCUAGGGAGACCAGACCCCACAGAGCACCCCUCCGGGAUCCCCCAGGCCCAACCAUGUUGACGCUACCGCCGGGGCUGACGGAGGAAGAGGAGGCCCUACAGAAGCGUUUCGCCAAACUGCGCAAAAAGAAAAAGGCGCUGCUGGCGCUGAAGAAGCAGCAGAGUAACACUGGGCCCAGCAGUCAGGGGGGCAUCAAGCGCUCCAUGUCGGACCAGCCCCCGGUGGACACCGCCAUGGCCACCGAGCAGGCCAAGCUGCUGGUGAAGUCUGGCGCCAUCAGUGCCAUCAAGGCCGAGACCAAGAACUCGGGCUUCAAGCGCUCUCGCACGCUGGAGGGGAAGUUGAAGGACCCCGAGAAGGGCCCAGCCCCCACCUUCCAGCCCUUCCAGCGCAGCGUCUCGGCCGACGACGACACCCCUGAGUCACGGCGACCGCAGAGAAAAUCACUCUAUGAGAGCUUCAUCAGUGCCAGCGAGCGUCUGCGGGAGCCUGAAGCCGGGGGGGGGCGCGGGGACCCCCCAGAGCGGGGGGAGCGUGAGCGCCGCUUGGACUGGGAGCAGGAGCCGGAGCCCGAGGAGCGGGGGGGCCGCGAGCGCGAGGCGGCCUUCAGGCGUAGGGGGGGUUCCGACUCGUUCCCUGAGCGCCCCUCCCCGCGGAAGGGCAACACGCUGUACGUGCACGGCGCGGAGCUGAGCCCCGAGCUGCUGCGCAGCGCCUUCGCGCCCUUCGGUGCCAUCAUCGACCUCUCGCUGGACAGCCCGCGCAACUGCGCCUUUGUCACCUAUGAGAAAAUGGAAUCAGCGGACCAAGCCAUGGCCGAGCUGAACGGUGCCGUGGUGCAGGACGUGCAGCUCCGUGUCAGCAUCGCCCGCAAACAGCCGCUGCUCGAUGCCGCCACCGGGAAAUCGCUGUGGGGGUCCCUGGCGGUGAAGAACAGCGCCAAGGGCUCGCACCGCGACAAGCGGGCGCAGGUGGUGUACAACGAGGACCUGUUCGGGGGCCAAUAAAGGUUUAUUGCACACA